GAGAGAGAGAGAGGGGCAGAGAGAGAGAGAGAGAGAGAGGGAGCUUGGCGGAGCAGCCGCGCCAGCGCAGAGAGGCACGGGGACGCAGCACAGAGCAUCAGGGCGACUUCAGCUGGAAACGAAUCAAUAAAAAACAACUUGAAAAACAGGGACACACCGGUGGGGGAAACAAAACACCGUGGGAGCUAUUUUCUGCACGGACAUAAAAUGAAAGGGUUACCUGGCUGUAUUUUGGAUUUGGAGUCAUUUACUACACCGCCGCGACGUUGACACAAGAGUUGCGCAGAGUCUCUAGGAGUUGUCUGUUGGAGGCAUUUCAGGCACCCAGAAUCCAACUUGAUUUGGACAUCCAGGAACCAGUCAGGGAGUAAGCUAAACUACCUACUGCGCUCUUUGGAAAAGAAAGACACAAAAGCACUGCUGCCACCAUGGAUGAGGAACAGUGUUACUAUAACGAGACCAUCGCUUUCUUCUACAACCGCAGUGGCAAGUACCUUGCUACUGACUGGAACACGGUCAGCAGGCUGGUGAUGGGACUGGGCAUCACCGUAUGCAUCUUCAUCAUGCUUGCCAACCUUCUGGUGAUGAUCGCCAUCUACGUCAACAGGAGAUUCCACUUCCCCAUCUACUACCUGAUGGCCAACCUGGCAGCUGCUGACUUCUUUGCUGGACUGGCCUACUUCUACUUGAUGUUUAACACGGGACCCAACACGAGGCGUCUGACUGUUUCCACGUGGCUGCUGCGCCAGGGCUUGAUCGAUACCAGCCUGACGGCGUCUGUGGCCAACCUGCUCGCCAUCGCCAUCGAGCGCCACAUCACCGUGUUCCGCAUGCAGUUACACACGCGCAUGAGUAACCGGCGUGUGGUGGUAGUGAUUGUCAUAAUCUGGACCAUGUCCAUUGUCAUGGGGGCCAUCCCCAGCGUGGGCUGGAACUGUAUCUGUAGUUUAAAGUCUUGCUCCAACAUGGCGCCGCUUUACAGCAACUCCUACCUGGUCUUCUGGGCAGUGUUUAACCUAGUGACUUUUGUUGUCAUGGUGACGCUAUAUGCCCAUAUCUUUGUCUAUGUGCGACAGAGGACCAUGAGGAUGUCGCGGCACAGCUCUGGACCACGACGCAACAGAGAUACCAUGAUGUCUCUGCUGAAAACCGUGGUGAUAGUUUUGGGUGCCUUCAUCGUCUGCUGGACCCCCGGCCUGGUCAUCCUCCUCCUCGACGUCUUUUGCGCCAACUGCAACGUCCUCACCUAUGAAAAGUUCUUCCUGCUUCUCGCCGAGUUCAACUCAGCCAUGAACCCCAUCAUCUACUCCUACCGUGACAAGGAGAUGAGCGCCACCUUCCGGCAGAUCCUCUGCUGUCAGCGGCAGGAGAACGUCAACGGGACGGUGGCGGAAGGAUCUGACAGGUCGGCGUCGUCCAUCAACCACACGGUGCUUAGCGGCGGUACACACCAACACCACCACCACCACCACCACCACCACAACCACAACAACGAACACUCAGUGGUAUAAAACUGGUGGGGUUGGUCUGUUUUGGAGAUACUGACUGAAAGAAGGUAAUUGGCUGCAAGGAGAGGUCGAGAGGGUCAGACACUGCAAACAUGACGUGACCUAAAGACAGAAACGUAAGAAAUUGGAGAAUGAAGAUAAGGUAGACAAAGUAGAGCUGCAUGAGAACAGGAUGUGACUAUGGAGAACAACGACAAGACGUUAUCGCUGCGUGGGGGAAGAAUGGAGAGAGAGGGGAGUCGGAUGUUCGAGGACUCCAAUAGGCUGUUACUAUUUAGUUGUUGAUUAUUUUCUAUUUGUUUUAAAUGGGUUGAUAUGGAGAACGUUGAUAUGAACUAUUUAAAAGUAAUCUGUGAAACGAAGGUAAUGCCAGUAGUCUAACUUUGUAUCUUGAAGUCGUGGGUUUCAGACUUUUUCCCCUAAUUCCCCAUUCUUAAGAAAAGUCACAUAGCAUCAUACACACCCAUCACAUUCACACAGUGUGAGUUUCCUUCACAUCCAUUUGAGUACGCAUUUUGGAUGCAAUUUAUAACACUAUUCUUGCUUUUUCAUUAUUAUUUGGGAGAAAAGACUUAUGGGGGAAAUGAUUUCUAACGAACACAUGCGGAUCUAUGCUCAUACGUGUAACUGAAUGUUAGUAGAGCUUAUCUCCAGCAGCUUUAACUUUAAAAUGAACUACCGGAGACUUGAGGCUGAUUUUCUUCAUAGUGUUUUUUCUAGAGAUUUAUCUUUUUUUUUUUAAAUAUAGACAUCAAAGUGAAGUUUUUAUGGGAAAUCCUUCUGAUGCUUAUAUAAUUUAAAAAAACAUAUAAAUACUGACAUUUUGACAUGUUUGGCAACUUACCAAAAAAUGCUGUUGUACCCAUUAUAGAUUGUUUAAGUAAUCCAAAGCCACUUUUCAUUACCAAAGCAUUUUUUUUAAAGUGACCUUACACCCUAAAGACUCAUCUGCUGAUGUUCUUCUCCAGUUCCAGUUUUUCCCCUUCCAUCUAACAUAAAUACAUAAAGGGUCCAGGAUCUGUUCUUCAUUCCCUUUAAGGAAUUAGAGAUUAGAGUUUUAGGGAUCCUACCGAAAAGGGGAGGAGGAUGUUGCGGUUUGUGACCAGGCUCUGUGCCACGGUGUUAUGUGGAGACAAGGUGAAGGUCAUUUCUGGUGAGCGUUAACAGACUUCAAAUCAUGACAUGAAAUGUGCUGAGCUUUCUGCCUCUCAUGGUUUCAUCAAGUGUCUCUGUGUCCGUGAGGCCGACUGGCAAAAAGAGGUUAGGGGUAAGUGAAUGUGGAACUUAUAAUCAGUGUUAAGUUGCCCUUAUUUUAAGAGGUGACAAGAUAAGCCAUUCUGGCUUCAUAGCACAGGAAGAUAAAAUGGAUUUGUUAAUGAAUGCGUGCCUAAAUUUGUCGUUCACAAACACAAGUUUGCCACGUGUGAUAGAGCAGCAACAGUUUUGACUGUAAAACACUGACCUGCAAAUGUUGAAGUAUUCCAUUUUAAGUGCCCCUUUUAUGUUUUGGGGCCUUUUUCCCCAUCUUUUAGUGUGCUAUAUUUAGUUUUUUGUCUAUGUGAUAGAUGUAUGAAGUACCAAAAAAAAACAUUUCACUCAAAAUGGAACUUCCUCUCCCACAAACAGCACUUUUUCUCAACUGCCUGAAAGGCCUCUCCUCCAUUCUUGUUUUCUUCAGUUAGUGAUGUCACUGAUUGCGAAAGUCUGAAAUGAAAGACUGAUUGAAAAGUUUUUCCUAAGUACUGCCCAUAGGUGCUGCCUGAGCAAGCACAGCCCACCAGGAGAGCAGUGGAUUGUUUUGAUUUGGUUGGCCAAUCCCAACAGAGUGGGCCAGCUGACUGGGCUUUUCAGAAAGGCAGGACAAGAAGUCAGACAUCGGGCCCUAUUUUAACGAUCUAAUCAUACGCGUGAAGCACAUGGCGCAGGUGCGUUUAGGGCGUGUCCACAUCCACUUUUGCUGGUUUAACUGCGGAAAAAAGGCUUUUGCAUUUGAUAUUUAAACAACAUGGGCGCUGGAUGAUCUUAAAAUAGCAGAGACACUUAUAUCCAGCAUUGCGCCGCCCUGCGCCGCCCUGCGCUGUGUGCAAGAAAGGGCCUGGAGCGUUUCAGGCUGUGGCAGUGGGCAGUAUGAGAAACCAUUUGUUCUUCAAACAUCAAAGCUGGUAAACCUAUUCUAGUAGUCCCCAAGAUACAAAUAUGAUGCUAGAAAGGAAUAUAAUAUGGGCUCUUUAAUAGUUGUAUUUUAGUAUGGCCCACAGAGGUGGAGUGAGCCAUAGACUGAACCGCCCAAUAGAUUGAGAUUUGUGAACAUAUUUAUCAGUAAUGUUGAUACAGUGAUUAAGUGGGUAAAGGCAAAUAAUAGAACAGCUAGAACCGUUUGGUAAGUUCAGAAAUGACCACUUUACGGUAAAACCAGGAAAAGACAACCCUUAUCAUAUUACUUACUCACAUUAUGACAAAGAAUAUUCAAAAAUAUCUAGUCUCAUAUGAUGCCCUGCUCCAUUUCAGCUUAGCCUCUGAUAAAUCUUAGCCAAAAAUCUACAAAAUCUUAGACGUCCAUCUUAUAUGGUAGUACUUGGAAAAAAAGUUGAAGUUUACUCAUCCAGUCUCACAUUCUGAUAAGUCUGCUCGGCGUUUAACACUCCAAUGAAAGAAUAAAAACAUCUUUCCUAUUGACAAGAAACUAAAUGUCAGAUACACAUUUUAUUGCAGUGUUACUAGUGAGAUUAAGUAUUAAAGAUAUCGAUCCACUAUAUAUGAUGUUGUGUUUAUGUCAUUAUAUGAAAUGGAUGGGGUUAGGAUUUUUUUUUAGGUCUUUAUUUGCAAAUACUGCAAAUAAGAAUAGAUCAGAUAGUUUGCAUAUCACUGCCUCCCUCCCUCAUCUUGCCUCCGCAUGGCAUGGUAUCUUGAACAGAGAUCAUGUUGUCAUGUGUUCAAUGUUUUCUAUUGAAUUAGGUCGGCACAUAUAACAGAUUGCCUCACGCAAAACCUGGUGUCAGGCAUAUAGUGGGGUUCUGAUAAUGUAAAUCUUCACUACUACUAACUUGAUGGAAAUGUAUUAUUAGGCAUGUGGGAUGGUCCACUCUUUUUUAAAAUGGGUAGUGACAACCUAUCACAGUUCACCCUUAUGAUAAUACUCGAAAGUCAAGCAGAGUUGAGCCAAUGCAGUGUUGAAUGUUGAUAUCUUAUUUCCACAAGUGCACUCCCCCACCUACUGCUAUUAACUUGAGACUCAAAGCCAAGAUAGAAGUCUGCCUGGUGAUGCUAUUCGGUACAUUGUUCAAAAUCACCAGCUGAACUUUAUGUCGUGCCUUGAAUCAAAACUUUUAGUUUUGGCUAAAAUACAUAGACAACACUCCAAACCAGCCGACAGAAAAGUGAGAAUCCCGGCCAAAAUCCCAGUCACAUGUUUUCCAGGAAGCCAGAUGUUUGUCAGGGAUUUUAGCUGCAGUGCUGAAAUGAAGUCAGCUGGUACUGUUGCCUGUCAAAGAUGGCCAAGAUGUUUCCCUGUUAGAGGCAACAUAAGUUCUUUUAUGUAGUUUUUGGAUUUAUUUUUACAGUGUUUCCUAACUGUUGAGAGUGGGGAGUCUUUUCCCGUCUACAUUACCCCUACAGUUUUGACUUUUUAAUCUCCAGGUUGUGCCUUAACAAAAAAAAUACACAAUUUGAGAAAGAUUCUAAGGCAACAAUCUUAGAUAUUUUUACUCUUCGUUCUUUAAUUUAUCCAUUCUUUUACUUCUGUAAACUUCACAACAGGCCUCACAAGAGUAGUGGCAGCAGCAGCAGUAGCAGUUAAUGUUUCAUUGACCAAGCUGACAGUCCUCCACAUCUGACAUUCACCAUUUUUCUAACAAAGUAUUGAUUCAGGUUAUAUAACAAACCAACUAAACUUUCUUUCUUUGUAUGUUUCUGUUUACCAGUUUGUCACUCUUUAUACACCAUUGUAAGUACUUGUGUACAGUAUGUAUGUAUAUAAAAUAUAUUAUUCAAAGUUAAUCACCAAAGGGAAAGAAUUUUUUGUGUUUGUAAAUUUUAGUGUCAUAAUCUGUCCAAAUGUACUGUAGGAUUUUCUUAAUGGUUUUUAUGUCACAAGCUCUUUUGUAAUGUGACUCUAAUCAAUGCAUUUCCUGUAAACUAUAUUAACUAAUUUGUGACCCAGAACUGGAUAGGACCCCAUUUCCACCUGGUAUUGAAACCAAUCUGAGUGAUCCGAUCUCUAGUGAGCAACUCUAUGCACAGCACCCAGGACGCAUUGAAGGUGCAUUGAGAUCCGAUUACUCAGACCACAUUCGGAGACGGUUUAGGCCAGAUGUGACCACAUUCUUUAAGCAGUGUGUAUGCACAUUUGUCCUGGACUACAUUAGGGACCGCCUACUUCACGGUCAGCAGAACUACGUUAUCAUUAUAUCUCAUGUUAGAAUCCGUUGUCAGUGGUCAAAGCAACGGUUGUACAACGGUAAUUGGAAAUAAAUCCUUCACAGCAAAAGUCCUUUGUUAUUUUGUUUUCUUGAAGCUUUUAUUAUGAAGCAGCAUUAACUGCAAAUGUUUGGUCUUUAUCAGCAUUAACUUAACGACUCCUAAAAGUGAACAGUAAAUAUAAAAUAACUGUUUUAAACCUCUUUUGCUCCUGCCUAACAGACUGUGGGCAGCGCCUUUUUACCAGUCAUUGCAAGUUUCUAAUGUAGGAUUUUUGGGAGAGUGAUAUCCAGCCUAUGUGCAAAUCAAAAUGAUUUAUGUAUUUUUUCUCAACGUAGAGCGGGAAAGUGACUUCCGAUCACAAGUGGUCACUUGGGACUCAUUUGGAGACACAUUCUACUGCCAGGUGGGAACACACGUCCUUAGAGCUGAACACUUGUGAUCAGAUCCCUUAGAUCAGAUUAUGACACCAGGUGGAAAUGCGGCCAAUGUGUGCAGUGCCGUCCAGUCCCCCUCUAUAAAGAGUAACUUACCACUAGGCUAAAAAGCAUUGUUUGGCCGCCCUCUUUGUUUGGAAGUGUGCUUUGCACCUGAAACCACACCCAACACUGUGUGAUGUCACAGUGUCCUGGAGUACACUUGUACAUACAGCAAAGUGAGACGUUAGACCAAUGGAGCUCAGCCAAAACUAGUUCUUCAAAAGGUGUUAACCUAAACUUUAAGUUUGUGUUUGUGUGUAGCUAACACAGUCUUUUUACAAUGGCCUUAAAGUACAACAAAGAUGUCCGUGUUAGAGUAAUAUUUGACUUUUGUAGAAAGGUUUGAUGCAUCUUUUAGGAAUUAUAAUGAUACACAACACAGCCGCAAACAGGAUACAUUAGUAAAAGCUCAAAUACAAAUUUUGUUUGGAAUAGGAUUUGAUU